AUGAGCUCGUCUCCGCUAUGUGGCGGUUACAAAUUUCCUUUAGAGUCACCCGGUUCUACACAAGCACAAAUGGCCCUGAUGGGCUAUGGAUUUCCCACCGUCUCCGGUAUUCUGUCGGAAUCUUUGAAUGUUUCACUGGCAAUGGCUUCUAACGCAGAUGGCACUCUGGCGUCUCGUGAAUGUGAUUAUUUCGGCAUGUCGUUCGCCCUGCCUGUUCUUCAGGUCAAGUCUAAUUCAACCUUCAUUUCUCCCCGCAAACCUUCACUUCGCGAUGGCGCUGGCUCCAUCAGUUCUUUAACCUCUGUAUCCACUGCAGUUUCAAGUCAUCUGGGCUCAUUUACCGCUCAAGAUUUUUCCCAUUCAACGGACACGCUAGUUGACGACAAGCUGAACGAGAAAUUUAUACCCACACAACCAUGUAACAGCAAAAAUGUCCUCCUGCUCUCGUUGACAAUGCCACGUAGAGCAAGCACUCAAGCUACGAUGAGUUCUAGACAAGUCCCAAAUCAAAAGGAAGAAACUGGGCCACAAUUUGCCCGUCCGGAUAUUCUCAGGAAGCCUCCCCAUUCAUCAACCGGAACUCAUUUUGAGCUAGCACAUAAGUAUCCACAUAUUGCUGGAAAUUCUAGUCUUAACAAUUCGCCUAACCAAAUCAGGGCAGGCUCAGUUCCUUUGCUCCGAAAGCAGGUAACUGCCCCAACGUUUCCACCAAUUCACGAGAUAUCCUUUCUCAAUGGCUUGAAAUCGGAACAGGCGAAAAGAACAACACAGACCAAUUUUCGUGAAGCAAUUUUGGCUCUUUCCUCAUCAAUUUCAUACAUGUCUCCAUUUGAAGUUGCCAACUUAAUUCAUGACGCCGAGAUCAAUCCUAAAACCACUUUGAGAAAUGUUUUACCAAUCGACAUAAGGCCAUUGACCGAUUAUGUGAAAUCUCAUUUGACUGGAGCAAUUAAUGUCUGUCUCCCACUGACUCUACUCAAGAGACAAAAUUUCAAUCUUAAAAAAUGCAUCAAUUCCCUUCCAGCCUAUGAGAACCUAGUUUUGCAGAACUAUCUUCUUUCAAAUUCAACAAACCAAUCCAACGAUACCGAGAUUGACACCGUUUCAGGAGGUAAAUAUGGUUUGCCUACUUUGAUUGUUUACGAUAACGUCAGCAGCUCCUCGAAUUUGCUCUACAUGUGCAAAAAACUCAUCGACCUUUCAUGUUGGGAUUCUGAAGCAGCCCCAUCUAUUAUCUUGAUUGAUGGCGCAUUCGAUGCAAUGGUGUUGCAACACCCUGCAUCUGUAAUGUCUGGCAGCACGGACAUGAUUGACAUGGACAAACUAAAAUUGGAUGGUGAAGUUGAAGAAAAUACUGAUCUGACUUGCCAAUUGGCACCGAAUCUACUUAAGAGUACAAAGGCUGUUAGAUCGCACUCGACACCAGGAUUUUCUGGACUGUCUCAACCGGGCUCUGCAUCUUGCGCUGCCUUGUCGAAUUUCUUUUUGCCACAAAAUCUCCCUUCGAAAGCUUUUAGAAUUAGACAUAACGAGGAAGUGUUCAAUACCUCCAUGGCGCCUUGUGCAGAGGACGAACUAUCUGCAAUUGUGCUCGACCCGUCUCAAUUGAGCUUCCUCCCUCAGUGGCUUGCUUCCAGCGUGACUGACAAAUGCAAAAUUAGAGCCGACUUUAACAUUUUGGAGAAUAGGGAGAGGGAGAGACUCAAUAGAGCAUUUGGCUCUCAUGAGGGAGAGAUCAUGGAGGAGACUGGUGAAAUUAUACCUUCUAUCAGUUCCGGACUAGACUUUGGCCAUAAGAACAGAUACAAGGAUAUCUUUCUCUUUGAUCAUUCACGUGUGAAAUUGUUUGAGCCUAAUACCGAUCUGUUAAGCAAUUCUGAAGGUGAAUACAUUAAUGCCUCUCAUCUUGACCCUGCAAAUAGCUGCAAAUCUUUGUAUGUUGGCGAAAGCAGUAGACAAGAGCGUUUGAUACGUGAGGGAAAUUACCUUGCUACGCAAGGUCCUAUGAGCCAAACAGUUGGAGAUUUCUGGAGAUGCAUUGUUGAUCAAAGAGCAUUGGUUAUUGUCAGUUUGACAGCAGAAUACGAGAACGGGUCAGAGAAAUGUUACCCGUAUUGGAGAGGUGGUGAAUUUCAAUCAGGAUGCCACACGAUUCGGGUAUCAAUAGAAGAGGUGAAGUCCAUAGGUCCAAUCAUUUCAAGAGUUUUUGCCGUGGUAGUGGACGACGCUAAGCCACACCGUGUCACUCAACUCCACCACGACUCUUGGAAAGAUAUGUCGGUCGAUGUUGAGAUUGAUGAUAUUCUCAUGAUGUUGGCUUUGAAGCAAAAGAUACUUGCCUCUGUUGACACUCUCCCUCAAAUCCCCACGGUGGUGCAUUGCUCCGCUGGCUGCGGUAGAACAGGAGUUUUCUGUGUUGUUGACCAUCUCAUUAAUUUGCUAGAAGAGAAUGGAACACCAGAACUUCCUCGCGAUCCAAUUUUUGAACUUGUGGAUGCUUUCAGGCGCCAACGUGUGCUGAUGGUCCAAACAGUUCGUCAGUAUGGAUUUUUGUAUCGUAUCAUGAUACGAUACAUUUUGGGUAAAAGAAGAUGUAAUUCUUACAUCAAAAUGGAGUAA